AUUAACAACUCUGUACAUUUUUAUCUAUGCCUGUCGCUUGAGUACAGGAAAUAUUAUUAUUGUUAUCGUAAUAUUCGUAAUAUUUUGUUUAGUAAUUUACUACGCAGUCAACAUUUUAUAAUAAAGCAGUAUUAUAAAAAAUUACGAUCUAUUUAUAUUUGUACGGUUUUAAGAAUUACAAAAAUCACAUUAUCUUACAAUCCACAUAGUGGUUCUGUAUUGUUCAUUAAAUUACAAAAAAUAUGUUUCGUUCAAGAAAAUUGGUUAAACCAGAAAAUCUUCACUCGUUGGAGUAUCUCAAGUAAAUUUUAUAUUGCAUAAUGUAUUAUGAAAUAUAAUUUAUGCAUUGGUUUUUUCAUAGAUACAUUUAUACAGUACUAAGCAAAAAUCAGACUGUUACUGACAACAAUCGUACAUUAUUAGUUGAAUCAUUUAGAAGUAUGGCAGAAAUUUUAAUAUGGGGAGAUCAAAACAACCCAACCAUUUUUGAGUAAUUAAAAUUUUUUAACUUUUAAAGCAUCUACUUACAAAUUUGUUAGAUACGUAGGUAUUAGUAUUUAAACAGUUUGCUAUAGGAAAUAAUAAGUAGGGUUUUCUCCAAUUUAUAUUUUAUUUAUUACCUACUUACAUAUAAUUUUAAUCAAAAUUGUUUCCACUAAAAAUCAAAAACAACUCAACAAUUUCAAAUAGCUAUAAAUAACUCAAAAACCAAUAGGAUAUUUUUAAAACUGCAUGUGUAUAUCAAGAAAUUGCUAAUAUUAUUUUUAUUUUUUAAAUAUCAGGUCUAUAAUAAUAUUUUUUAAUGACAUAAAAAAGAAAUCAAAGUUAAUACUACCUUGUAAUGCGUAAUUAUUCUAGUUAUCCUUUAUUAUUAAGAAGAAUUUAAGGAAUCAUCAAAAUGUUUAUUCCCUAUGCACCAACCAUUUACCAGAUAUUAUAAUUAACCUUUAAAGUUGUUGAUUGGAGCAAGUCUUCUGGUCAAAAACUUGUUUACAGAUGCAAAAAAAAAAAGAAUUUAUAUUUUGUUUCCCCUCAAAAUCAAAAAUUAUAUAAAAGUACAAUCAUCGUGUUCAAAUUUAAAAUUAUAUUGAUCAAUAGAUUUUUGGGAAAUAAUAUAGCAAAUUAUUGUUUUAUCUACCAUAACUAACUAUGCAUCUGUCAUGAUUUGAAUAAAAAUCCUGUAUUGUAUUUAUCAUUAAAAAAAAUUAAAUAUAAUAUGCAUUAGUCAUAUUUAGUAAUAUAAAGAUUUCCAGAUAAAAAAAAAAAAACAACAAAAUAUAUAAUAUAAUAAAUUAAAUUUAGUAAUCAUUAUUUGUAAUAUUAUAUCAUUUUCAGUGAAGAAUUUAUUUUAAAGGAUUUAUUGACAUUUUAUUUCAUAAUUAAAAUACAGUCAACACAUGGAACUUUAGUUCCUUGAUAUAACAAAAAGUUUUGCCAAAGCAUAAUGUAACAAAUUUUUAAAAUUCUGGAGCUUGAUAUAACAAAUUUUAAAUUUAUAUCAAAAUAAGAUAUAUGUUUGAUAGACUGAACUACAGUACAAACUACGUAAUUCUACAAAAAAUACAUAACUAAUAAAAAUACAAAUAAAUAGUUUGCUAUUACAAAAUUUUUCUAGCAUGAAUAUUGCAUUACAUCAUUGCUAUUAAGAUAAGUGUCAAUAAAUUUAUGACAUAUACACAAAUAAAUGACUAUGUGUAAUAAACUUUCGAUAUACCAAUCUUGAAACUCGUUAUAUCAUAAUUUCAUUAUAUUAGUUUUACCUUUUUUAAACAUUUACACAUUUAUAUUUUUCAGAUAUUUCUUAGAAAAUAAUAUGUUCAAUUAUUUUCUACGUAUAUUAGAUCAGAAAUGUGGAAAUUAUGUAUGUGUUCAAUUGCUUCAAACAUUAAAUAUUAUAUUUGAAAAUAUUAGAAAUAAAACUGCUUUAUGUAAGUUAUCGUAUACAAUUAUUCAGUUUUACAUAAUGUUUAUAUGUACCUACUAUUUUUUUUUCAGAUUAUUUACUUAGCAAUAACCAUGUUAAUAGCAUAAUAAUAAAUAAGUUAGAUUUCUCUGAUGAAGAUGUUUUAGCAUACUACAUAUCAUUUUUAAAAACAUUAUCUUUUAAACUUAAUUUAAAUACAAUUCAUUUUUUUUACAAUGAGGUAAUUAUUGUAAUUUAUUUAAAAAUAAAUAAAAUAAUUGUUUCUUUUAAUUAAUAUUUAAGUUUCUUAUUGCAGGCUACUAAUGAUUUCCCACUUUAUACAGAAGCAAUAAAGUUUUUUAAUCACCCUGACUCUAUGGUACGUACAUAUGUUCGUACAUUGACACUUAAUGUUUAUAGAGUUGAAGAUGAAAGUAUGUUACAAUUUAUCAGAGACAAAACAUGUGCUCCAUAUUUUGCAAACUUAGUGUGGUUUAUGGGUAAGCACGUUUUAGAAUUGGAUGCUAGUGCUAGAGCUAAACCAGUUGAUGUUGAUACUCAAAAAACCAUACAGUAAGUAAAUAUGAUAUAAAUAAAUUACAGCUAAAAUUGUAUAAUGUUUGGUUUGGAAGGAUUAGGAUCUUAUUAUUAAUUUAAUUAAUUUUUAUAUUCAUAGAGAUCAAUAUAGAGUAAAACUUGCAGAUCUUGUAAGUUCUCAUUUAGAUGAUCUACAUUAUCUAAAUGAUAUUUUAAGUUCUAAAGUUGAUAUACUGAAUGAAGUGCUUGUUGAUCACUUAAUGGAUAAACUAUUUGUACCGUAUUAUAUUCAUUCAUUAGCACCACCAGAUAAAUAUAUAAUUGUAGAAACUGAAGAGGUUAAUAAGUAACUUAAAAAUUCCUAUUAGAUUAUUAAUAUAUAUAUGUAUAUUUUUUCUUUUUAAUAUUAAAUAGUUUGUAGAUGCUGUAAAACAACAACCAUUAAUGAAUGUUGAUAUAUGUUUAUUUUUAUUAACACAAGUAUUUUUGAUAAUACAUCAGACCAAAUUGGUUACACCAUUAGCUAAAUUUUUAUUGGGAAAUAAUUUUUCAGAAAACUAUCAAGUAACUAAACUUUUGGGUUUUUAAAAUAUUAUUUAUAUAAUUGUUUAAUUUCUAUUAGUUUUUUUUUAAAGGUUUAUCAUGGUAGUAUAUUAAAAGAUGAGGCAUCAGCAUUACCAGAAAAUGAAAAUGAAGUAAAAAAUGACAAUGAAUCUGAUAUUUUAGAUCUUAAAUCAUUAACAUGUAUGAAUAUAACAGACGAAGAAAAAGAAAUACUUUUAUCAAAAAAUGAAGGUGUUAAAUAAAUCUAAAUUUAUAUUUUUAUUUCAUUUUUUACUAUGCAUUAUAUUAACUUGUGGUCAAUUUCUAAUCCACUUCCCAUGGUCCAAUCAACUUGAAAUUUCGAAUGCACUCAUACUUUCAAUAACAAUAUAGUGCUCAAUAAUCAGAUUUUUAUGAACAUUUUCCAUUAUGAUUUAUUUUUUCUAUAAGAAAAGAACUUUUACAUUUUUUAAAUUUAUUAUUUUUGUAUGGUAGCUGAUUCUGCACGCAGUCAAUGUUUAGAAUCUAUAUACAGUCAAUUGAUAAUUGAAAAAUCUGAUAGUUCUGCAUUAUUUGGGAUAUGUUUGUUAUAUGCUUUAUCAGAAAACUCGGGCCUUUCUAAAGAGUAUUAUGAAGGAUUUUUAACUCCUACAUUAAGUGAAGGAUGUACACCAUUUGUUCAUUGUGAUGAAAGAAAUGAACUUAUUGACAAGUUGGUUAAUAUCAUAACAGCUAUAUCAGAACCAGGUUUGUCAUAAAUAGUUAAAUUAAUGUAUAACUAAUUUUUUAUAUUCAUAUUUUCAUACGUUUUAUAAACAAAUUGUACAGUUUGUUAUGUCCGCUCAGCCACAUUAGAAAUGGCCAUAACAUUACUGAAAAAAUUAACUAUAUACAAGGAAAAAACAUUUAUAUCUGAUGAUCAUAUAGCUGUUAUUUACAAUGCCAAAGAAAAGAUUUUACCACUUCUACGACAAUUUUUCAAAGUAAUCAUAAGACCCUAUAUUAUUCGCGUAUAGAAAAUAAAUACAUUUUAUUUGUUCAGAAAGAAGAAAUGUUUUUAGAGUUAUUUGAAGAUGAGUAUUAUGAAAUGCACAGAGAAAAACUCAAUGUUCAACGACUUUUAAGUGAUUCAACAUUAUUACUUCCACCUGCACAUUCUCCCAUGACUGGAAUACCUCUUUCUAAACGUUUACCAUGUGGAGAUGUAUGUAUUUCACAUUUUUAUCAUUAGAAUAAAAUUGUUGUUAACUAUACUAUGUAAUGUAUAUUACAUAGACAUUUUCAGAAAAAUACCACUAUAAUAUGAAAUUAACAGUAUAAAAUCCAUUAAAUUAAUGAGCUAAAACCAUAAUAAAGUAUUUGUAUAAACAAGUAAUAUUAAUUAAAUAACUCAAAUAAAUAGGUAUUUUAUAUUAUUAAAUAAUAUAAAAAUGGACAAAAAAAUGAAAAUCAUAUAAUUUAUAUUUCUAUGUAAAAACAAUAAAUACUAUUAAAAAUUACAUUUAAUUGACUCAAUAAUAUUUUUAUUUUACAAUUCAUCCAUUAAUAUUACUUCAACCAUUUAAAGUUAAUUUUUUUAUCGCGGACAACAUUUUUAUUUUUAUUAGGUUGAAAGAACAAGACAUUUUAUUUGUGCUUUUCUUAUGAUACGGAAAUUAUUAAUGACAUAUGAAGGAAAAGAAGAAACACAAUUACCUUUAGUUGAUAGAACUAAGUGUUUUGUAUUUGAUACACCUAUCAAUUUAAGUAAGAAAGAUUUUUAAAUUUAAUUACUUAAACAAUUGUUUUUACUAUUUUACUAAUACCAGAAACAAGCUAUACCCUGAAUAUUUAUUUAAUAAUUAAAUAGUUAUAUAUGAUAUGUAUGUAUGCAUCAGAGUGCAGUUUUGGGCCCUUACUUGCUUUUUGUUUUAAUUAAUGAAGUUACAAAUGAAAUACAAGACGAGGUAUCUUGGUAUUUGCAGAUAAUAUAGUUUUGAUUGGGGAACAUUUAAAAGAAGUUAACAAUGGGCUUGAUGAAUGGAGAGUAGUACUUAAAGUAAAGUGACUAAGUAUUAGUAGAAAUAAAACUAGAGUAUAUGAAAUAUGAGUUUGAAGGAAGAAGACAAGAAUUUGAUGGUAUUAGGCAACAUAUGUCAAAAAACUAUGACAUAAUAGACGAGAUUGCAAGUCUUAAAUACCUAGGAUUUAUUGUACAAAAUAAUGGUGGCUUUGCCAAAGAUUUAAAAUAUAAGUGUGAUUGGAUAACAUGGAGAGAUGCAUCAGAUUUUUAUAUACUAAGAGAAUUCCAUUAAGAUUUAAAGGUAAGUUUUAGAAGAGAGUAUUAAGACAAAGUAUGUUGUAUUGUUCAGAUACAAAAACAGGUGGUUGGAUGCAAUUGAGAAUAUGAGGACAGCCAGUCUAUGGCAGGAUGGUGUGGAAGAUCAGUGGAAAAGUGAAAGUUAAGGAUGAGGGUGGCAAACCCCAAUAAUUGAGAUCAAGGCAAAUGAGAAGAUAUAUUUAUAUAUGUGUUUGUAAAAGUGUGUAUGUUAGAUUUUAUCUAUGUAAUUGUUUAAAUUUGUUAUAUGCUCGUAUCCAGUGAUGCUACCAUUCUUAUACAGAUAACAGUGUUAAAAAUCAGGUAGCUGAAACGGGAAACAAACCCAAGUCUCAUACUUGUUGAGUGAUUGCACUACCAUUUGAAAUACCCGGGGUCUGACUUCUAACACUUUCAACUGUACUUGAAUAACCUAAAGUUAUGGGUAUGGUAGAUUAUGUACAGUUGAGAAAACAAUUUGGCUGUGUCAUGAGUAUUUAUGAGUAUUUAAUAAAUGUAUGUAUAAAAUAAAAUUGAUAUCAUAUACCCAAAGACUGCAAAGCCAACAGUUAACACUUACAUGAUGUAUUAGUGUUAUAUAUUAGUUCAAUACCUUUGAUAUAUGAUAAUAAAUAGAAUAUUUGCAGACUAUGUGAUAUAAGCAACGAAAACCAAUUAAAUUAAAACUUUUUUAAAUUUCACAAAAAAAUUUAAACAUUAUUAAAUUAAAUUCUAUUAAUUAUUUGUAUACCAGUCAGCUCUAUCUAUGCAACAUAAAGUUUCAUACGCAAACAUGACAAAAAGUGAAUUCAAAGGAAAUAGACUGCAAACAGUCUACAUAAUAUAGGAAAUAUAUAAAAACUAAAAAAAAUCUCAAAUGAAACCCUUCUCUGUAAAAAUACGUCACUUUACUAAAUCACUUAUUUUAUUAAUUUAUUAUCAAUAUAAAAGGAAAUGGAUUAUUUUUAGCUCUAGUACACUAGUAACUUUAAAAAUAACUUAAGUCAACUUGUAAUACAACAAAUUUCAAGGAAUUGAAAAAAAAAGUUUGUUACAUCUCAAUUUGUCAUAUCAAGAACAUAAAUCAACAAAAUUAGUUUUAACGAGAUUAAAAGCAAAAUUCAAAAUUUAAAUCAACACUACAAAUAAAUAUUUAUAUACAUUCAAUAUUAUUUACAUACAUAUAAAUAUAUUAUAUAUACUUAGUAAAAUCACAAUACAUAGUAAGUACAUAUUUAUAAAAUAAACAAGUCAUUAGUAAUGAUUAUUUACGCAGUGACUCAUUACUAUAUAAAUAUAUUAACAAUAAUGUAAAGUAUAUUUCUGUACUUUUAUCGACAUUUUAUCUUAAUAGCGAUAAUGUACUGUAUUAUGUAUUCCGGAAAAACUUCAUAAUAGCAAGUUAUUUAUUUUCAUUUUUAUUAGCUGUAUAUUUUUCGUUAAUUCAUUAUAUGAAUGGAUAUAUAUCAAAUCAUAAUAAAAAUUUAAAAUUUGUAAUAUCAAGAUCCAAAGUUGUACAAAUUUGUUACAUUGCAAGAGCUUUGACCAAAAAUCUUCGUUAUAUCGAGGUCACCGAAAUAUAUUAAAUUUUUCGUUACAUCACGACAUUUUCAAAAGAAUGACAGUUCCAUUCGUUAUUUUGCAUAUUGACUGUAUUUACUUACAUGUUUUAUAUAUAUUUAUUUACUACAUUAACUAAUUAAAAUGUGAAAUAAUGUAAAUUUUUUUAUUUAUUUAAUGUUUUAUAUUAUUUAAUUCCAGACGGCAAUGACCUAAUUACUUGUAUGAUAAUUGCUGAAAAUGGAGCAAAAACCAGACGAUAUUUAUCAAUCAUUAGUAGUCAGUUAGUAUUAGUUGAACCACACAGUCGGUUUCUUGGUUGGGGUGUUUGCAAAUUGUCUUGUUAUCUUCAAGAUACUGAAGUAAAUAUUUAAUAUUAAUUUUUAGUAUAAAAUAGUUAUUUUAAUACUUAUAAUAUCCAGGUUACAAAAAUUGACAAUGAAACUAAAACUUUACACAUUAUUAUGCAUAAUUCAAAAUAUAAAAUGACAAACACAGUGAAAUUAAUGUUUGAUGAUCAUAUUAGAUGCAAUGCAGCAAGACAAAAGUAAUACAUUAUUUAAUAGAUAGUAGUCAUAAAACAUACAUAUUUAAAUAAUAAUUAUUAUUAAUUAUGUCAAAUUCAUUAUUUAUAAAGGUUGUUGAAUGGUAGAAUUAAAGCAAGGAGAAAGCAACUUAAUCAGAUUGCAAAUUUAUUAGAAAUGAAUAGUUGUGAAACAAAUUAUGCACCUUGUAAUACAACUCAAAAACAAAGUUAGUAUUUCUGUUAAUUUUAAGCACAGAUUUUACUGAUGUAGUGUAAUUGUUAUUUAGAACAUGGUUUGAGAAGCCACUUCACUGAUAUUGCAGUACAUACAUCUAACGUACUUCAGCCGUAUCCUAUUUCUAUGAAAUCUACUAAUAGUAAAAAAAUAAAAAUAUUAAUAAAUGUUUAUAAUUUUAUAAAUAAAAAUUGUAUUUACUUAGGUGAUGAAUAUAGUGCAGAAUCAAAUUGUAGUAGUUCAACACAUUCCAGAGACCAAUCACCUUGCACAAAAAACUUAAAUAAACCAGAAUGUACCAACUCUCAAAAGGUAUAUCUAAAUUAUAUUUAGUAACAUUGACUCAAACAAUAUAUUUUCUGUUGUUAAAUUCAAUAUAAUUGUUUUUGAUAGGUGUCAUUAGUAAGUCAAUCUCAAGAAAAAAUUGAACCGAAACGAAAAGGAAGAGUGGAAACAGUUUGAAAACAUUCCACAUGCGUGCAAUUUUAUUAAUUUUAUUCUCAAAUCAAAUGAAUGUUCACUAAAAGUAAUUUUAUGGAGUCUCAUUUGAAACAUUAAAUAUAUGAUUGCACCUUUACUUGAUAUGUCUUAUCCUUGUCUAAUAAAAUUUAUUUAUUAGGUAUGUGGAAGUAUUGAUAAAUUAACAAUGCACAUUAAAAUAUAGCUAAUUACUAAUGUGUACUUAAUAAUGAAAUUUUCCUAACCAUAUUGGCAUCUAUUUGGGGCUAUUAUUUUAUAAUUGUUAUAAUUAAUUUACCAUAACUUAAAUUUAGAUGUUAUACCUAUUGUUAUAGAUUUUUUAUGUUUGUUCUAUUAAUUAUAUUAUAUUGUAAAACUAAAAACUGUUUUUAAUAAAUGCUCAAAAUUAUAGUACAAUACACAGCUGACUUUUGGUUAUGUAUACCUUGUACAUCAAUGUUGUU